UUCUAAGGCCCUGAGGAACAUUUUUAUGGAUCUCUGUGAUUAAACAUCAGGAGCACUUCCUAAACUUAUAUUUUCAUGUCAGAAUCCAUGGCGAAGGUCCCGUCUCCUCUGUGCAGCACCUUUGAGGAGUCUCUCCUCGUUGUUGUUCUCCGAUCAUCGGGUCCUCACGUUGCACCGGCACAGCAAACGGCGCUCUAUUCACCAGAACAACAUUGUCCAAAACUGCACAGGCCCAAAUGAUGUCCCACAGCCCUUCAGGAGUGAAGAACAACGUCCCUGCUGCUGGGCCGAGACAGAGACACCUGCCUUUAGGAGUCAAACGCAGCGCCCCACAGUGGAGCGUGUGUGCGUGUGCGCGCAGUGUUAAAACGGCGCUCCUGCUCUGUGGCGGUGUUUCUUGGCCUCUUCAAUAAGGACAUAAUAAGUUUAUUUUAUUUCAUUUAUACCUGAAUCUUUAAUGAAAUCUGGAUGGUUGUUCUUAAUCACAGGUUUGAGGUUUAUCAGUUAUUUUCAGACAGACAUUUUCUGCACCGCAGAUCCACACUGACUCAAACCUGCGUACACGGUGUCAGACCUGUUGUGAGAUUUGGUCGUAGCGUACGCUCAGGUGUACGCUCAGGUGUACGCUCAGGUGUACGCAAGUUUUCUGCUGUAAGCAAGCUUGAUAAAUGAGGGUCAUCGUCUUACUGCAAAACAAACUGAUGAGCCUCAAGUCUGAGUCCAGAUGGAACAGCAUGGUGCUGGAGGAUGGAGUGGUACUGUUCCUUCUUCAUGAUUUACUUCAAACAAAUCUCCUACUCCAUCACCUGAUAAACAUCUCCAUACCAUGAACUACCACCUCCAUGCUGAAUUGUGGGUGUAACACAUGGAGCUUUCAGACGUUCACCAGUUUGUCUGCAGACAUAGACUCUGAGUUUGGAACCAAACAGUUCAAACUUGUUUCUAUCAUCAUCAGUCCAGUUUUUGUGAGCUUUUACCCACUCAUGUCUCUUUUUCUUCUUCUGUGGAUGAAGUCGUGUUUUUUUGCAGAUACACAACCCUUCAGACCAGCCUUUCUCAAACGUCACGGUUGUCAGAGAUAUGGGUUUCGACCUUGUCAUGUUGAUUUCCUCCCUUAUUUUUGGUGCUGUCUCUCUCUCUCUCUCUCUUCCUGGUGACAAUGCUCUGUUUAUCCUCUGCUUUUGUAGAAACUCUCUUUGGUCUUUUUCUAUCAUCAGAACUUCCAGGUUCCUCUCGUCUCUUCAGAGUGUAGUCGACUCCUUUGUUAAACACCUUUAGGCGUUUUUCUCUUUCUGUGUUUCCUUCUUUCCUCGAUGUACAAAUCUGUACUUUUGUUUCUUUACUCAGUUGCUUCUUUCUGGUCAUUUCUGCGGUAGUUCGAACACAGUUUAGAUUUAUUAGGAUUUUUGUCUGCAGACUCUCAAAAGACAAAAAGUUGAAGUGAAUAAUCCAACUGUGAUUUGUUUUUGUUUUUUGCUUUUCCACUGAAGUUGUGACUCUUGCAAAUGUUCUCAACCCUAAAACUAAGCCCUUAUUAUUAUUUUUGCUGACAUAUAUUUAUCAAUGGUCUGUUAACAUCGAUGUUUAUCUAAAGGUAAAUGGAGUAAAAUGUGAAUUUCCAUGAAAGCAACAUCUGAUCAUGGAGUAAAUACAUCCCAAAAUACAUCAAACUCAUGCUGGAUUAAAAAAACAUUGUGAACAAAAACUUGAAGUUACUCCCAACUGAUCGGCCUGUAACGGCCGUGCUUCCAAACUUUUGGCCUGUAGUGUAAAUUUUUUUAUAACUUCAAAUCGGCCGAUUAAUCGAUAAUCGGAUUUUUCCCCCCUAAUAAUCGUAUCGGCAUUGGCCCCAAAAAAUCCGUAUCAGUCGGGCCCUGGUGUAAACGACAGAGUGAUUAAUUAGACGGGUUAUAGAUGUUCAACAAGUAGAGAAGGUCAGAACAUCAACAAACCGUCGUAGAUAAAACAUGGACUCAUCAUCAACCAGAGACACUAGAAGUUCACAGAAGAAGAAACAUGAAGAUGACCGAGAACAACGACUGGAGUCCUGAAACUGAAGGUCUGGAUUCUGGGUCCAGAUAGCUCCUUUGAGUCCAAACCAGGGUCUGAAGGUCCAGAACCUGCAGAGCUCAGCAGCUUCAGGGGGUCUGGUCCUGUUUGGUGUCAGACUGAGGAGCUGUGAGGGUCUCUGCAGGUCCAGAGAGGUCCAGAUGAUGAUUCCUGACCUUUACUUGGUGGUCUCUGGAGGUCCUCAUUAACCCCGGAACCAGGGUCUCCCAGGUCUCUGAUGGAUCAGGGUCUCAGUGUGACCCAGACUUCUUCUCUUCUCUUCUCUUCUCUCGUAGGUCGCCGUCAAGAUCAUCGACAAAACUCAACUCAACCCCACCAGCCUGCAGAAGGUACGUCCUGACCCCUGACCCUGACCCCUGACCCUGUGAUGAUGUUCUGGUCUGUUGUCAUGGUUUUGGUUUCUGUCCCUGCAGCUCUUCAGGGAAGUCAGCGUCAUGAAGAUCCUCAACCACCCAAACAUCGGUGAGUCUACUCCUCCUCCUUAAAACCGGACCCCCUGGUCUGAUCUGGUUCUGAAGUCAAACCCGUUAAAGAUCUGAAAUGAAACCCUCAGACGGACAGGAGGACUCUGUUGGACCGACCUUAUUUGGUGGUCUGGAUCAGCACUUCCUGUUUCUGACCUCAUCAGUCCGUCCUCUUCCUGGUCCUCCUCUGUGUUUCUGAAGAACUGACCCGUUUGUUUUUGGUUCCAGUCAAACUCUUUGAGGUGAUCGAGACCGACAAGACGCUCUACCUGGUGAUGGAGUACGCCAGCGGAGGUACGAGCCAAUCACCUGUCUGCACACCUGUCCACACACCUGUCUGUCCACACACCUGUCUGUCCACACACCUGUCUCUUCACCUGUCCGUCUGUGUUCCAGGUGAAGUCUUUGACUACCUGGUCGCUCAUGGUCGAAUGAAGGAGAAGGAGGCCAGAGCCAAGUUUCGCCAGGUGAGAGCUUUUCACAUCAGUGACGCCAUCAAGUCGGUUAUUUCCCAUAAUCCUCUGUGUUGCAGUCAGGGGCUGAUGGGUACGUUCUCAGUUCCUCAGCUGGAACUCCAAGAAAAGUUCGUGAUUCUUCGAUUCUUUAACGUUUUCGGUGUCUUUGUUUGUGUCAGAUCGUCUCGGCGGUGGAGUACUGUCACCAGAAGAGGAUUGUACAUCGAGACUUAAAGGUACAAUCUGUGACUUUUCUUCUUUGAUAAUCCUGUAAAUUUAAGACUAAAGUUCGGAUUAAAGUUCAGACUAAAGUUCAGAUUAAAGUUCAGAUUAAAGUUCGGAUUAAAGUCUGAAACAGUGUCGCGGUUCAGCUGAGAGUAGAGACAGGUGUGUGUUCAGAAGUUCAGACAGGAUCACUGUCUUCAGAAACUUCAAUUUGGUCAUAUGGCUCCGCCCCCUCUCCAUGUUUGUUCACAAUGCUUCAACAGAAGGGCUCUCCUGACUCUCUGACUCUCUGACUCUGACUCUCUGACUCUCUGACUCUUCUGAAUCUCUGACUCUCUGACUCUUCUGAAUCUCUGACUCUUCUCUUCUGAAUCUCUGACUCUCUGAAUCUCUGACUCUUCUGACUCUCUGACUCUCUGAAUCUCUGACUCUUCUGAAUCUCUGACUCUCUGAAUCUGAAUCUCUAAAUCUCUGACUCUCUGAAUCGCUGACUCUGACUCUCUGACUCUCUGAAUCUCUGACUCUCUGAAUCUCUGAAUCUCUGACUCUCUGAAUCUCUGACUCUCCGACUCUCUGACUCCUCUGACUCUCUGACUCUCUGAAUCUCUUACUCUCUGACUCUGAAUCUCUGAAUCUCUGACUCUCUGACUCUCUGAAUCUCUGACUCUCUGACUCUCUGACUCUCCCGUGAACUUCUCUUCUGUCUCUCCUUCAAACAGCCGUCUUUUCCUUCCUCUCCCGUUGAGGAGUCACUGUGAUGUUCAGUGUCUCUCCAAUUAUCGGAAUAUGGCGAUAAUUCGUUCUUCUUCAGUGUCAUGUGAACGUUCUGACUGCGAGGUUCAGGUUCGCUGUAGCGUGUUCGCUCUGUCGUGACUCUCUCUGUGACUCUCUCUGUGACUCUCAGGCGGAGAACCUGCUGCUGGACGCCGACAUGAACAUCAAAAUUGCCGACUUUGGUUUCAGUAACGAGUUCACGCUGGGCAGCAAGUUAGACACCUUCUGUGGAUCUCCUCCGUACGCUGCUCCUGAACUCUUCCAGGUGAACUAUAAGCUCCUCCCACCACACACCUGCACGACUACACCUGCUGUGAGUCGAGUGGUGCAGCUGAUUGGACUUACAGAAGAAGACAGGAAACUGAGGAGGAUGAAUAUGUAACUGUAGAAAGGCUCGUUUUUAGGAGUUUUAAUGUCAUUUUGAAGAGAAACACGUUUUUUGUUUAAAAAAGACUUUUAAUAACACAUGAAUAAAAAAUGUCAGGUUUACUUAGAUUCGAAGAGCGCCCCCCUGAGGCUGAAAUAAGAAUUCUGUGACAGACGCACCGAGUUUGUUUCUCAGGAAAAUGAAAGAAAGUUGUGCAGGAUUAGAGGAGGGGCUUACAAUCAGCAGGAACUGUGUGCAUGUGUGCUGUAGAGCAGUGGCUGCUGGGUAAUGUAGUUCUGUGACCCUGCAGGGGAAGAAGUACGACGGGCCGGAGGUGGACGUCUGGAGUCUGGGCGUGAUUCUGUACACGCUGGUCAGCGGCUCGCUGCCCUUUGACGGACAAAACCUGAAGGUAACAGGAAGGAAGUCUUAAACGUGGUUUCAGGUUUCACACAGGAGCGAGCGCUCAGUGGGCGGAGCUAUCAGUGGGCGGAGUUUUGGGUUCCUGAUUGAGAGUCUCAGCUCAUCUCAUUUGAGGUUAAUAUCAGGUUCACCAAGUCCAUGAACCUGCUCUUUGGCUCAUAGCGCUAAGUUUACAAGCUAAUUGUGAUUGUGGCUAACUGCAGUACUCUAGGUCUUCGGUUAGCUUACUGGCUAUGAAACAGCCGUUAGCCUAAUCGCAGACAAAUCACAUCAGGAAUUUAAUCACCCCUUUUCUUACUUGCUAGCCAACCAAGACGAGUUAGCGCUUUAGUGAUUAAACUGUAGCUAGCUGGGUAACUAGUCAGCAGUUGUUUACUUAUUAGCUUAAACAACCUAGUUAGCGCGUUAGCUAUAAACCUAAUUUAAGCUGCUAAACAGCUGUAAGCUCACAGGCUAAUAAAAGACGAGUUAGCGCUCGAGCUCAACAUCUCAUACGCUAUUUAGCACACUUUUGAGUUACACUCGCUCGCUCGUUUGGGCGCUUCCUAACGCUAGCUAGUAAUAAAAACAUGUAAGCUUACAAGCUAGGCACCUUAGCUCACAUGCUAUUUAAUGUUAUUUAGCAUAUUAGCUAUUUAGCGCACGGACUGAGCUAAGUUUCCGAUUUAAACGCUCAAAGAAGCUCAGUAGCCUCAAAAUAGUCAGCGUGCUGGCUCGCUGGUUAACCACACAACUGUGUGUGUGUGUGUGUGUGUGUGUGUGUGUGUGUGUGUGUGUGCAGGAGCUAAGGGAGCGAGUUCUCAGAGGAAAGUACCGGAUCCCUUUCUACAUGUCGACAGACUGUGAGAACCUGCUGAAGAAGCUGCUGGUGCUGAACCCGAGCAAACGAGGCAGCCUGCAGGUAAAAACCAGCAUCAGGGAGUCCAACCAGUAACCUGUAACCAGUAACCUUUAACCAGUAACCUCUAACCAGUAACCUUUAACCAGUGACCUUUAACCAGUGACCUCCAACCAGUAACCUUUAACCAGUGACCUCCAACCAGUAACCUUUAACCAGUGACCUUUAACCAGUUACCUUUAACCAGUAGCCUUUAACCAGUAACCUUUAACCAGUGACCUCUAACCAGUGACCUCUAACCAGUGACCUCUAACCAGUGACCUCUAACAGUAACCUUUAACCAGUGACCUCUAACCAGUAACCUCCAACCAGUAACCUUUAACCAGUGACCUUUAACCAGUGACCUUUAACCAGUGACCUUUAACCAGUGACCUUUAACCAGUAACCUUUAACCAGUAACCUCCAACCAGUAACCUUUAACCAGUAACCUCUAACCAGUAACCUUUAACCAGUGACCUUUAACCAGUGACCUUUAACCAGUAACCUCCAACCAGUAACCUUUAACCAGUGACCUCUAACCAGUAACCUCUAACCAGUAACCUUUAACCAGUGACCUCUAACCAGUAACCUUUAACCAGUGACCUCUAACCAGUGACCUUUAACCAGUAACCUUUAACCAGUAACCUCUAACCAGUAACCUUUAACCAAUAACCUUUAACCAGUAACCUCCAACAAGUAACCUCCAACCAGUAACCUUUAACCAGUAACCAUUAACCAGUAACCUUUAACCAGUAACCAUUAACCAGUGACCUCUAACCAGUGACCUCUAACAGUAACCUUUAACCAGUGACCUCUAACCAGUAACCUCCAACCAGUAACCAUUAACCAGUGACCUUUAACCAGUUACCUUUAACCAGUGACCUCUAACCAGUGACCUUUAACCAGUGACCUCUAACCAGUGACCUCUCAUACCGACUUUUAUAUCUAAUUUUCAUUCCUGUUCAGACUUUAUUUGUUCGUUUUUGUCGUAAUUAUCAACUUUUUAUCCGUUUUUACAGCAAAUCAUGAGAGAUCGAUGGAUGAACGCCGGCUACGACGAGAAGGAGCUCAAACCGUUUAACGAACCAGAACAGGACUUCAACGACCUCAAACGCAUCGGUCAGACUCAUGAAAACUCACACAGAGAACAGAGCAAAAAACACCAGAACCAAGAUCCAAACUGAGACUCUUCAAUUCACACGAAGAAAGAUCUGCUCCAUUUUCAGAAACAUGUUUGAAAAAAUGUUCGUAUAGAAGAACAACAAAACAGGUCCAAAGUUCUUAGAGGAACAACCAAACAAGUCCAAAGUUCUUUAGAGGAACAACCAAACAGGUCCAAAGUUCUUUAGAGGAACAACCAAACAGGUCCAAAGUUCUUUAGAGGAACAACCAAACAGGUCCAAAGUUCUUUAGAGGAACAACCAAACGGGUCCAAAGUUCUUAGAGGAACAACCAAACAGGUCCAAAGUUCUUAGAGGAACAACCAGACAGGUCCAAAGUUCUUUAGAGGAACAACCAAACGGGUCCAAAGUUCUUAGAGGAACAACCAAACGGGUCCAAAGUUGUAAUGCUAAAAAGAAAAAAGCCUGAGCAAGAUCCCCAGACUUCUCUGGACCUGAGUCCAUCUAAGGUGGACUGAAGGACUGAGGAAAUCUGACCUGUGGGCUGAUGGAUCUGAAUCCUGGACUCUACAUCCUCCUCUCUAAAGAGUAGAGGGUCCACCUGGUUUGUUCUCAGCUCCCAGUCCAAAUCCAGCAUCCCUGAUGGUCUAAGGAUCAUCAGAGUCCAUGUCCUGGGUAUCUCCCACAUCUGUGAAGGCUCCAUUAAAGGGAUAUUCUGCUGUAAAAUUAAUUCAGGGUCAAACACACCGUAACACCGAGUCAGACCCCGCCUCCAGAGAUGAAUGUUGUCGACCGCUUGUUUCUCUAGUUAUACCAACUUUAGUAACGACCGCAGGAUAGAAAUACAGAGAGCCACGCCCCCAACCAAAACGCCACUUUAUAGCCACAAAUAAUGCUCAGAACAGCACCAACAUUACGGACUACAGCGGGGUGCCGCAGCUCAAGGAAGAACAUUUAUGAUCAUUUCUUUAUCAUUUCCUUGAAGUAAUAAUCACCAUAUUAAUCAUUUUACAGACGCUGUAGUUCUUCUGUCUUAGCGUCUCGGUCUGAUUGUAUUUCCAUAAAGAAAUGAUCAUAAAUGUUCUUCCUUGAGCUGCGGCACCCCGCUGUAGUCUGUAAUGUUGAUGUUGAUGAAGUUAGGUGCUGUUCUGAGCAUUAUUUGUGGUUAUAGAGUGGCGUUUUGGUUGGGGGCGUGGCUCUCUGUAUUUCUAUCCUGCGGUCGUUACUAAAGUUGGUAUAACUAGAGAAGCAAGCGGUCGACAACAUUCAUCUCUGGAGGGGGGGUCUACCUCGGUGUUACGGUGGGUUUGACCCUAAAUUAGUUUUACGCCGGAAUAUCCCUUUAAUGUUAAACAAGAUCUCCAGGUUUAGGAGCAACAUCUGCGUCCAUCCAGACAGAGACUUUUUUAAGGAAGACCUUCAUAUGAUCCCAAACUACAUUCUGAAUCAGGGAUUACAGAAACCAACCCCGCGUGUGUGUGUGUGUGUGUGUGUGUGUGUGUGUGUGUGUGUGUGUGUGUGUGUGUGUGUGUGUGUGUUUUAGAGCUGAUGGGGACGAUGGGGUUUCCUCAGGACGAAGUCAAGAAGGCGUUGGACGGUCAGAAAUACAACGAGGUGACGGCGGUCUACCUGCUGCUGGGGAGGAAACAUGCAGAGGUUAGUCCCGGUUCUGUGUUGUAGGUCCGUCUCUGUGGUUCCUCAGAACCUUUCAGACCCGUCUCCAGGUUUAGCCGAGGUCAGUCCAAAGACUGGGAGCAGGGGGAACAGCCAGUCUGGAAGUCUGAACCUGUUUUCACUCUCUCUCCAGUUUGAAGGCGGUGAUUCUCUGUCGAGUGGUAACCUGGUUCACAGGUCACGACCCAGCAGUGACAUCAACGGCGCCGGACAGUCUCCCGCCCACUCUCGCACCACCACAACCAAUCAGAAGCAGCGCCGUUUCAGCGACCAUGGUGAGGUUUACUCUCCGUAUUUAUACUCCAGUUUUCAUUUCCUUCUGUGCUCAUAGUGGUUCUUCCUGUCUCAGUGGCGCCCUCUAUCCCCCCACCUGUCUCCUACACCAAGCGUUGUCAUGCCAACAGCAUGGAGAGUGACAGGAAGGAGGAGCCGGCCUCACCUGUGGGAGCUCCAGACCGCAGGAGGUCAGCCACAGCCUCAGGGGUGAGAGACUUAAGACUAGUCUAGGUCCACGGAUCAGAACCAUGACUAUCAUCCUCAGAGCUCCACAGAAAUCCUUCAGAACUCAACAGAACCAGAAGAACUUCAGUGGGAGUCCAAACUUGAACCGGUCCUCCGAGUCUCAUAAAGGGGGACUGGAUUCAAACUGGACUGGGUCUCUUCCUCCAGAGUUCUAACUGGUGGCCCACACGUGUAUUUGGACGAGUUUAAGUUCUGAUCAGAGACCGUAAGAGAGCGGAUCCAGACCUAAACCAGGUCUAGGUAUCAAGUCUCCUCUUAAAGGUAGAGAGGGUUUCUGACCCCCAAACCUGGACUGGUAGAUGGUUCCAGAGGAGAGGGGCUCUACAACCCAGACCCCAGACCACUUUGGGUACGAUGAGCAGACCUGCAUGUUUGGACCUCAAUGUUCUGGAGGGUCAUAGGGAACUAGGAGCUCUCUGAGAUCUGAUGGUUCUGGACCAUAAAGGUCUUUGAAGGUCAGAAGAAGAAUUGAAUGAAUCCAGUGUAGAGGAGCUGAUACAGGGGUCUCCUGGUUCUGGUCAGGACUAGGACCUGGUCCAAAAGGCUGCAGUAUUUUGGACCAGCUGAAGAGUCUUUAAAGACUUGUUAGGGGGUCUAAUAAAGGGGACUGGUUGUGGUGGUCUAAUCCUGGAGUGUUUUUGUGUUUUGGGUCCAGAGCAUCACUCGCAGAAACACGUACGUGAACGACAGGACCAGCAUGGACCGGCACCUGGCAGCGGUUCAGAACGGGAAGGACAGCAGGUAAGAGGAAUUCUGGGAUUGAUGAGGUCACACAUCUCCAGUCAGUCACCUGACCUGACUCUGUUUCAGUCUACCUGAGGUACCUGCAGCGUCUCCCUCCCCGUCGCCCGGGGCAACCAUGUCCUCCACACGCCCGCGGCACGUCAAAUCCAUGUCGGCGUCAGGACACCCCAUGAAGUCCUGUCUGCCCCCCAUCGAUGAUAACGCAGAGUAUCAGAGGUGAUUUAGUCUGAAAGCAUCAGAGUCAAUCGGUUGUCAUGACUACGGAUUUUUAUGACCUAACAGAAUUACACCCCCCCCCCCCCCAGCUCCCCUCAACAGCCGCCAUCCUCACCCUCAGCCUUCAGCAUCACCAGCAGCAGCAGCGCCACACCUGACCGGACCCGUUUCCCCCGCGGUUCCUCCAGCCGCUCCACCUUCCAUGGUGCUCAACUUCGAGACCGGCGACCCGCCACCUACAACGGCCCCCCCGCCUCGCCCAGCCUGUCACAACACGCCGCCUCACCACGCCGUGGAACCUCCAGCUCUCUCAUUGGAAAGAUCACCUCCAAGUUUGUGCGCAGGUGAGUGAGAUCGGCCCGUCAGUUUUUGUUUCGGUGGCACCAAAUCAAAACGACGACAUUUUGUCAUGGUGAGGUAGAGAAAUGUCCGUGAACAGGCAGCAUCCCCCGACAGAACCAGAACCAGACCUGUUGUAGAACUCCGACAGACCCAGACUUGUUGUAAAAAAACAGAUGUCUGGAGCAAAGUUCAAUGAUGGUGAAGAAAAGAUCCAUUUACGGUUCUGUUCAGUCCGACCCACAGAUCUUUUCAUCUCUACAGACAGUAUUUGAGAAAAGUUCCGAAGUACCCCUCCCACAUUUGUGGCACCCUUCUGUUGGGGAGCACAUAUCCAGUCCUGAACCCAUGGGACUGAAACACCUCCUUUUGGAGGUUCCUAGCUGGGAUGAGACCGGGGCGAGGAACCACUUCCGUUUUGUCGGUCCUUGAUUCCGACUCUAGUGGGGGUCUCGUUCCUGCGGUUUUCCUUGAAAAGGCCUUCGGGACAGUGACUGGCCAUGUGACUCAUGUGGGCGGAGUCAUAGACGGAAUCAAAGACUCGGGCUCAUCUUAGCUGAAUAACAUUCAAGGUCGGCGUUCAGACGACAGAGUUCUUUACCGGACAGAGCGAGUGUUUGACCCCCCAUGAUCGUUAAAGGAGAGGGAAUAAAGUACAGGAACUAUAGCAGACCAGCUCCAGACUGGAACUGGUCUUAGAUACCCAAGCCCACAGUCAGCAGGUUUAAUUCACCAACCCCCAACUACAGACCCCUAAAACCUGGGCUUGGUCUCAGCGACACCCCCCAUUGGUUUCUUAAGUCCAUCAACAGCGGCCUCCAUGUUGGAAACGCUGACACCUUCAUCCACUCUGUUUGUUCCUGCAGGAGUUUCUCAGGUGAGCCCAAAGAGGAGGGGCGGGACUCCAAACCCCGCUCGCUUCGCUUCACCUGGAGCAUGAAGACCACUUCCUCCAUGGAUCCAGCGGACAUGAUGAAGGAGAUCCGCAGGGUUCUGGACGCCAACAACUGCGACUACGAGCAGCGGGAACGCUACCUGUUGUUCUGCGUGCACGGCGACGCCCGACAGGACAGUCUGGUCCAAUGGGAGAUGGAGGUGUGCAAACUGCCCCGCCUCUCCCUCAAUGGCGUGCGGUUUAAAAGGAUCUCUGGCACGUCCAUCGCCUUCAAAAACAUCGCCUCCAAAGUGGCGAACGAGCUGCGGCUGUGAUAGUCGGUAAUAACCCCGACAACGGGGAGAAACACUUUUGCUCCUUUUCCUCGCACAAUGACGCCUCACCAAGUGACGGCGGCCAUUUUGUGUUUGGCACCACUCCUUUGUUUGACUCAGCAAAAAAACACCUUAUCGUACUAAACUCACUAUUUAAUGUUAGCACUAAGUGUUUGCCAGUGAAACCAAAUAUAUGAAUGACUGAUGGCGCAGAUGUUCAGCAGGUUCCUCCCUCAGCGAGUCUGACCACGGACGCUAAGACGCUAACGAUGGAAAGAGGUCGGCCGAAACCCGGCGAGUCGAGAGUGUGUGUUGGUUUGUGGCUGUUUAGAUGCACCUCAGAUCCUCUCAAACUUGGAAUUUCUAAACUUAAAAGUCGAACAGAAACUUCUGAUCAGGUAGAAGCUGAUUGGUCCAGGACAAACCUGCUGAGUCAUGCUAACCAAAGAGCCCGAAAAUGACGACAGCUCUGCGCAGACGUGUGUCAGUGAAAAUGUGACGGCAUGUAAUCUGGAUUUUUAUACAUUUAUUCUGGCAGUGCAUGAAAACAAAUGCUCCAUUUUUUUGGCGAUGCUAAUGCUAAUGCUAAUCUGGUUUCUGGAGUGCAAGUAAACAGCGAGUGACACGUCACCUCUUCUUUAGCAGUGCAACAGCAGAACAGCUGACUGCACACAUCGGACAGUUUUAACCUGCUCACCGCUUCUUUACCGUGUCCAACAACGUGUUUCCAAAACGAGCUUCACAGAAAACCAACGAGCUCAUUCAGAAGCUAAACGAACCGUAACCAUGAGGAAUCGGAUUCAUCGUUGUCGUUCACUGUCGGCCUGUGCAGGGUGUAGAAAAUACAACUUGUGUAACAAUUUGUUUAAUAUGUCAAAAACAAAAUAUCACAUUCAAAAAGACAAAGUGCAUAUUUCUUCAAACUCGCAGUCAUGACACCCGUGUCAGCAGCGUGUCCCUCCAACUCCAAAAUAAGUUUAAAAUUUAACCUCCAAACUUUCCUCAGCUUCACCAGACCGGGUCAAAGAACACUGAAGCCAAACCUCCAAACCAAAGACCAGAAACACAGUCCUGGACUGGAACCAAGAGGCAGAAAGAGCGACACAUGAAGUCAAAAACUACAAACUUGAAUAAUUUAAAAGGAAAAUCAUCAGGACGGCGUUUGGGGUUAAUUUUCUAGAGAGGAGCGAAAAAAAGUCAUAGAUUCAUGAAAAUUCUGGUCAAAACAGAAAAAAAUACAAUAUUUGAACUUCAGAUCGUAAAGUCAUUUUAAUCAGUUAAACCGUGAAAUCAAAGUUGUAAAUCUGGACAAGUGAGAAAUGAACAAAAAAAAAAAAUACUUGAAAAAAUUAAAGUUACAUUUUUUGAUUGUGUAAAUAAAUUUACUUAUAGUAACAAGUUUACAAAAAAGUGUUGUUUUUUUUUUGUUAAUUUACUAUAUUAGUCAUAAAGUUAUGAAAUAUAAGUCAAAAUACAAGUCAAAAAUUAGUGGUAAAUUAAUGAAAAUAAAGUUUUGAAUCUAUAUUUCCAAUUCUAUUCUGGUAUUUAUGAAGUUUAUUCUCUACAUUUUUGGACUGUUGUUACCAGGUUGAUUUUUUAGACUAAAUGUUUCCCUGAAGUCUUUUUUUUUUUAAUAUAAAACUGCUUUUCUUGUUAGCGUAUAAUUGGAUAAUUGCUCCUGGAUCACUUUGAGUAACUUUGUAAUAAGAGCAAAGUUUUCUGUAGUUCACCUCCUGAAUAAUCUGGGAGUAAAAACAGUCAUCAGGGAAAUAUUCAGGUGUUCAUGAAUAACAAAGAGCAACUUUAGCGUCCGAGCUUUUAACGAGAUAAAAUCAUCUAACGAGGAAUGAAGACAAAUGCUAACCCCAGUAUGAGGGGGAAUUUCCCGCUUUAUUUUCACUCUCUCAGUAAAGUACAAAGGUUCCACAACCUCAGAAAGAUGGCCGCCAUGAAAACGUCCUCAACGAUCUGAAAGUCUCGACAUGUUGAAGUUCCAGUUUGUAAAAAGUUUGGGAAGGUUAUUUAUGAUCCUGUUUCUUCAAAGUAAGUCGUUCAAAACCGGAAAGCCUGGAGGUCAGAGUCUCAGACUGGACGCUGCUCGCUGCUUUUAGCUAACAUCUACAAAGCUAGCUCACUGGACGACUUUCUGAGCCAAGAUGUCAGCUGUCUAGACCUAACCCGAGGUUACCUGUGGCAAAUAUCUCCAGGUGAGAAUCUCAACAGGUUCAAACAAGAUUACUCUGUGAAGUCGCUAAUGUAGCUAAUGUAGCUAAUGUAGCUAAUGUAGCUAACGCUAGCGUCACUCUGUUACGAGUUUGAAUAGAAUCAAGUUAACGUCUUCAGUUUGACUCUGAAAGUUGCACAGUUAAAGGUGGAGGUGAAGGGUCACUAAGGGCGGAAACGUUACUGAGGAAGUCGGGACCAUCCUCUUCCUCUAACCUAGAAUCAGACAGCUGGUGGAGUCUCCCCCUGCUGGCCGUGAGAAAGACUGCAGGUUCACAGCACUAAGGCUACGUUCAGACUGCAGGUCGUUCUGAUGUUUUCAUCUCAGUGUGAACAGCUCAGUUCUGAUUGGUUCUGAUCCGACCCUCUUUUGUAUGUGGAUAUAAAUCAGAUAUGUAUCUGAUGUGACUGCAGUGUGACGCUCAGGUCGCGUUUAUCCGACCUUUACGUCAUCAAUAUGAGACAAACGUCACCGUUGUUCAACAACACAAACAGGCGCAGAAAGAAAUUUGUGCUUUGUGUUCAUGAGGGUCACUUCACGGACGCUUUCGUUGUUGUAACGUGAACGAUCGCACAAAAAGAUCGGAUUGAACAAAAACUCCGAACUGUGCGUCAGAACCUGCAGUGUAAACGUAGCUUUUGUCCCUGGACUCUGUUGGCCGGUGUGUCUGUUCAUUUACAGUUUUAUUUAUGAGAGGGUGCGACGCCUGUGACCUCUGACCUGGUGAAGCAGUGAGCCCUCUUACUCCCCCUGCUGGCCGAUGUUUGUAUUUUUGCAAUAAUAACCCUGGAGCUCUUGGAACAGCGUCAGAGCUCAGCAGCCAUUCCAGAAACAGCUGACAGAACAGAAUGUGUUUCUUAUUUCUACUCCGACCUUCUUCUGAUGGAACGCCACCUGACCAGGUGACCAUGUGCCGGCGCAGUUUGGAUCUGUUUUGAUUUGUGUUGACUCUCUAACUCUUUAAUUUUGUGAUGUUGCAAUUCUUGUUUGUUGACAUCGGCGCUCUUUGACAGAGCGCCAUCAGCAGAGCAAACGCUGGUAUUUACACCCUUCAAACUUAAAGGACCAGUCCGGUGAUUUUAAAUAUUUUACCAUCAUGUAGCAGCUCUUAACUUUUAGCUUAUUGGUUCUUUCUCACGGCGUAAAACUUAAAAUUCUGCUGAACCUGAACUCUUUUGAAGCACAGCGAGGCUCAGCUGCAGAGAAGAAACCGCAGAUUUACAGUUUGGUUUGAGGUUUUUUUUUGUUUACAAGAGGAAAAAUAUAGAAAAUCACCGAACAGUUUUUUAAAAGCCUUUUUUGUCUGUAUUGUUGAAAACUUCAUAUCUCCUCCACCACAUACUGCCUUCUGAUUGGACUGCUGUAUAUCUCUGAUAGCUUGACUUCGACAAAGAGAAGAUCUGUGGAUUUUCUUUCAGUUUCUAUAAAUUUUUUUCCUUCCCAUUUUCUAACCUGAACAUCGACAGAGCCGUUCACUCACUCUUAUUAGUGUUGAGGUCCUGGACGUUCACUGUGGUUCUCCAUCACUGGUUGUAGAGGAACACUUUGUACUGUAUGUUGUAGCACUAAAGUAAGGGAACACCUGAGCUCACCUGGUCGAAGGAUCCCAGAGUCUCGUCGACCGCACGUCCGAAAAAGUGAGUCAAACAUGUGAAAGCAGAGCGUGAAGGUUCGCCAUAAAUGAAGGCAAAAUCCUGCAGAGACUGAAUAAAACUUAAAUAAAUGUCUGCAACGUGUUUCUAAAAACAACCAAACGGGUCCAAAGUUGUAACGCUGAACUGGAACAUCGUCAGCAGCUUCAGGAGGGAAGUCCAGACGGCCCUCACCCCGGCCACCUCCACCAGCUCCUCCUUUGGGGGGAUUCCCAGGUGCUCCCAGACCAGGACAGAGAUAUAAUCCCUCCACCUGGUCCUGGGCCGACCACGAGGUCUCCUCCCGGUGGGACAUGUCUGGAACACCUCUAACAGGAGGCGUCCAGAAGGCGUCCUAACCAGAUGCCCGAGCCACCUCAGCUGACUCCUCUGGACGUGGAGGAGCAGCGGUUCUCCUCUGAGCUCCUCCCGAGUGUCCGAGCUCCUUCCCCUAUCUCUAAGGCUGAGCCCGGACACCCUGAGGAGGAAACCCAUUUCAGCCGCUUGUAUCUGCGAUCUUGUUCUUUCGGUCAUUACCCAAAGUUCAUGACCAUAGGUGAGGAUCGGCACGUAGAUCGACCGGUAAAUCCAGAGUCUCUCCUUACGGCUCAGCUCUUUCUUCACCACCACUGAUCGGUUAAACGUCCGCAUCACUGCUGACGCCGCUCUGAUCCGCCUGUCGAUCUCCCGCUCCAUCCUACCCUCACUCCUGAACAAGAUCCUGAGAUACUUGAACUCCUCCACCUGAGACAGGACCGCCCCUCCGACCUGGAGAAGGUGAUCUACCUUUUUCAGACUGAGGACCAUGACCUCGGACUUGGAGGUGCUGAUUCUCAUCCCAGCCGCUAAAAUGGAACAUCUCCAUCUAAUAUGGAGGUGAAUGUCCAUCAGGUUAGUCACCUGACCGGUCUAAGACGGACCUUCACAUUUUCUCAGCGUGUCCAGGUAAUCCAGGUCAGAUUUGGGAGACGGAGGUUUGGAGGUCUGAAUUUGAUGCUGCCAUCAUGUAGCGUGGGACACUGUAAACCUGAACCUCUUACUUGAAUAACCUUCACCUCAGUUUGCAGGUAGUAACUUGUACCAUGUGAGCGGCCCUGACUGAUCAGGCUGGUCACCUGCAGGAGCGUAGCAGACGUUCAGUGUAGCCAUGAUGGAUUCAUUUCAAAUAAAAAGUUCAUCAAUCAAACUUCAGGAUUCUGUUUUUAUUCCCUCAGCUGUGAAACACAUCCUGACACGACGCUCCGUAACUCAAACCAAGCGCAAGGAAAAUCAUCUACUCGCUUCAUUCGCGCGAAUCGGGACGUGUGAAUGAAGAGUAUUUACUCGCUUCAUUCGCGCGUCAACAGUAAUUUCAACAGUUAUCUUCGCCAAUUCAGCCGACGGGAUCAAGUGAUAGAAAAAUGUUUUUAACCAUUUACCAGGUAAUCCGACCUCCUCGCUCGCUCACCGACCUUCAGGCGACCUCAUUAUUCCGGUUUCAGUAACUAAAAGAAAAGGUGUCGUAUAAUUCGGGGCGCCGACACACCGCCAUGAUCAGUUUGUCCUCCAUUUUAGAUACCAGUGAACAACCGUCUGUUUUCAUACGUCGACCUUCAUGCUGAUUGGUUAUCGCGAUGCUAAUAUCCGCUCAAGUUGAGACAUUUUCAGCUCCCACCCAAUUCGCGUCAUUCGUGCCGCCAGAGUAACAGGAGCGUCUAAUGGUGUCUUUUCGUUGACAUGACAUGUAAUUCAUCCGAGCGAAUGAUUUCACUGGCGCUUGGUGUUAGGAGACGGUAAAAGCUGUUUGAUUAUUUUCGAUCUCUUUCUUCUGAUUGGUUGGUUUUCCUCCUCAUUCCAGCCAAUCAUCAUUCAGAUCUACUUCUGUGCAGGAACAAGGUCGUCAAUAUCUCCGCCUCCUUCCAGCCUCGUCUCCAUGGUGAUGAGCAGUUUGACCCCAUCCACAACCAGCUGGGUCAGCAUCACCUCGCUCACGCCAAAGGUCGCCAUGUUGCUCACGCAGUACAGCACCGGGGAUUCUGGGAAAAGAAGAGGUUUCUGAGCUGAGUGUUUAAAAGCUUGACGAAUAAUCUGACAGUGGAUGACAGUUACAGCGCCCCCGUUUGGACAGUGAUUUAACUGCAGCAGAACCAUGGCGCCUGAAAAAAAAGACUGCUUUGGAGUGUGAGUCCAGAAAGAGUUCAUGUUGGGUCAGAACCAGACCUGCAUGUCAGGGUUCUGGUUACAGGUCGGCAGGUUGACAUUAAACUGGAACAUAAUCCCCGACGGAUCCCUCAAAGUUCUUGACCUGGUCUGGAAC